AUGGCCUCAUUAGCUGCCGCAGACGAACCAACCACCACAAAUGGCGACACUCCCCGAACCUCAGCGGCAGCCGCAGCGAGUUCGAAUCCCGAGUUUGAUCUCAGUAAACUCCAGGCCCUCCCAACCGAACAGCAGGAACUUCUCCUUCUGAACUUCGUCUCGGCGCUCAGAAAACAUGUUCUUGAACUUUCGGCCGAUGACUGCACCGCGCAGCAAGUCUACCUCAAAAAGGAGAUAUUCAAAAUCAUUAGUCUCCCCGCCCCUGGCCCGACCAGAAUCAUACGCAACACCUUGGGAGCAUGCCUUGCUCACAUUUUUGGGAGGGGAGACCGGAAGUUGCUUUUUGAAACGGUGACCGAAUUGGCCGGAAUGAUAUCCAGCGGAAAGCCGAAGAACGAGAGCGAAGCCCGGACGAGGCACGCCGCCGUCACUUGCUUGGGAGACGUCUACGCAGCCGCAGGCGACAGCGCAAUAAACCUCCAUCAGCUUGCCUGCGCCAAUCUCUUGAAGACCUUGAAGUCAUCCUCGAGCAAUGCCGGACUCCGCGCCGCGGUUUUUACAGCUUUGGGCAAGAUCGCAAAGAUGCUUGGCAGCAGUUUGGACGAGAGCAUCGCGAGGGAUAUCUGGAAACAGGGCCGUAGCUAUGCCACGAGCGACAAGGGGUCGCUGGUCGUCAUUGCAGCAUGUCGCUGUUUACGCUGGCUUGUACAGUGUACCCCUUACUUCCAGACGUCAAGCGAUUUCGACAGUCUUCGCUCUUCCUUGUUCAAGACUUUCGACUCGCCCUCGCCACACGUGCGCUCCGCGGCCGCUGAUUGUUUUGCCGAGGCUCUAGUCAGGGGUUAUUCCGAGACAGCCGUUGGCGAGGCACCCUUAGUCCUGCUCAAGAGGUCCAAGUCCAAGGCAGUGAAGCGCCAGUCCGUCCAACCGGGGGCCUUACAGGACGAUGACGACCUUCCGCCGCGGCCAGAGAGCCCUGCACCGACCAAGAAAUCCCAGAUGCUGGCCCUCUCGCUGAUAGACAUGCUCAAGACUCUAACAACUCAAUAUGUUCGCAUGUCAACGACGAACCGAGCGAGAGCGGCGAUCGCCGUCUGCUUUGGCAACAUGCUCCGAAAGCUCGGGGAGAGGACGGUAGAGAUAAACUACGUUCGGAUUGUGGAAAGCCUGACCGUGGACAUUCUGGGCCACAACAACAUAUGCAACAACCGCUACCGCCUGCUGAUUUCGCGGCGAAUGGUCGAGAUCAUCGUGCAGGAUAUCAUUGGGAAGAAGAUCCUGGGAGAAUCGGGUCAGACCAGCGCGGCCAAGGCCCUCAUCAACGACAUCCUGAAGGACUAUCCGCAAGCCCUCAAGGAGAGGCCCGAGCCUACCAAACAUACUCUGGUCGCUGCCCUAGGCGCGCUUGCCUCUUUGAUCACCACUCUUGGCUCGGCUGCCAACACCUUUGCAGAGGCUUGUCGUGAUAGCCUUUUGCAGGUAUUACAACACCCAAGCUACACCGUUCAGGUAUAUGCCUCGUCAUGUUUGAAGACCUUUGUGUUGGCCUGUCCCGCACAGCUCUUACCCUGCCUCUCGGUCUGCAUGAACAGCCUGAGCAGAGAACUGGGGUUGCUUGGCACGGGAAGGAGCUCACCCCGCAGGUGUAUCGGCUUCGCGCAUGGCCUCGCUGCCGGCCUCAGCGCGAGUCCGCUACGGCCACUCUAUGGCUCGGUCGACAUCAACAGCCGGGUGCUUACAAUGUCCACAAACUUGCUCAAGUCCAGCGGCAGUUCAGAGCUGCGAGUAGCGAGCACCCAGAUCCAGGUCGCCUGGACGCUCAUUGGAGGGCUAAUGUCUCUUGGCCCCAACUUUGUCAAGAUCCAUCUAUCACAGCUUCUUCUCCUCUGGAAGAACGCCUUACCAAAGGUCUUGUCAAAAGACAGCUCUAUCCACCGGAAUUAUCUAAACGCCUCUUUUCUCACCCAUGUCCGCGAGUGUGCACUUGGAUCGAUCCUGGCCUUCCUCGAGUUCAACAGCCGGCUGCUGACAGUCGAUAUCUCGAAGCGCAUUGCCACGAUGCUGCAGAGCACAACGGCAUUCCUCAAGACUCUACCUGCAAAGAAAACAGCAGAGGACAUCAGUGAAAGGCUGACACCGUCUUUGCAACUCCAGGACUUGGAAAUCAUGGUGCAACGUAGAGUGCUUCAGUGCUAUACCAAGCUCGUGAACGUGAGCCCGGCUGGCGGCACCGAGGCACUCUUACAGUCUAAUCUCCUCACGCUUGCCAUCUCGCUAUUUGCGGACCCGGAUAACUACACUCCGAGCUCAUUAAGUGCUUCGAUUGCAAACACAGCCGGGACCUUUGAGACCAUCUGGGAUGUCGGCGACAACUCCGGGUUCGGGGUGACGGGGCUUGUUCGAGGCUUUGAUUUCAGGCCGCUUCCGGGACAACACGAGAGCUCCAUCGACCGCUCUCCAUCAAACCGAGAGGGGCUCGAGGAGAAAAUCGAGAAGCUUCUCCUCUCACCCAUCUGCGGUACCCUUGAACACGACGCCUCCAUCCUCUACAUCGGCAGCGGGGACGGCCCUGACCUUCCUGACCCUCCAGCAACCGAGGUUGUCAACAUGGCGAUUCAGCUCUUUGCCUUUGUCUUCCCCCUAACCCCGCCCAAGGUUCAAGAAAGCGUGCUAGAGCAAGUAACGACCUUCAUUGCGGCCGGGUCAUUGCAGCGAGACCUCGGCCGGCAGGCUGCUAUCAACGUCAACGUUGCUGCUGCUCUCCUUUCAAUCCUACGAGUAGCGGUCAAGGAGACGAAGUCUCCUUCGGGCGACGUGACCAACCCAGCCGUGGAGAAGCUUAUACAGGAACUGCUCAGGGAUUUCGUACUCGACCGGGACCAGUACGUUCGUAGCGUUGCCUAUGAGGCAGUCGCAAGACUCUGUAGCGCUUGUGGGAACGCUUUCACCAAUCAGGAGAUAAAGUACCUCGUUGAUACCAUCGUCGUCAACCGAGAACCGAGCGCACGAGCCGGUUGCGCAAUGGCCCUGGGGAGCAUUCAGGCAAAGAUUGGAAGCAUGGCCGCUGGAUAUCACCUAAAGACGAUCCUCAACAUCUUGCUGUCUCUCUGCAAUGACCCGCAUCCUACCGUUCACUAUUGGGCGCUGGAAGCUGUUGCCCGAGUCUCGGAUGCAUCUGGACUCGGAUUCGCGAAUUAUGUGCCUGCCACGCUUGGGAUGCUUGCCAAUCUUUAUUUUGCAGAGACCCACAAUCCUGAAGUGGCCUUGCCUGCCACGAUGAACCUCGAAGUCGAGUCUUCCACAUCCGCUGCGAUUGCCCACUGCGUCGACUCGCUGAUCAAUGUGCUCGGUCCUGAUCUGCAGGACUCGGCCAAGUCAAGAGAGCUCAUCCUCACCCUUGUUGGGUAUUUCCAACAAGAAGAGGAUCUUGAAGUACAGCGAGCAAGCCUUGUCUGUCUGGAGCACCUCUCCUUAUACGCCCCGGGCUACAUGAACUUCGGCGAGUAUGUGAAGACUCUUCAGCGCUAUCUCAGCUCGGAGCAUACCGUCCUGCGGGACGUUGCGGUGGAUGGUCUGCAUAAUCUCAUGAAAAGGAACCCAUACGACGUGAUUGAAGCCGCAGAUAAGGGUUUCGAGGACCAGCUCUGGCUGGUGCUUGAUUCGGAUCCCGGUCACGAGGGCAUGCGGAACACAAUCAGGAACUGGAUGCGCCACACAUGUCUUGAAAACACGGCCGCCUGGCUCGCCCGCUUCCAGCACGUCCUCAAGAUGACGAGGCCCAAGGCGGCAGUCAAGGAACAGGCAACAGCCAAGAAGACCAACACUGGCCUCGAGCUACAAGAUGAAGAAGUAGCUGGGUUUGCUGUCGCUUCAGGAGGCGCUAAGGAGGACAAGGAGACUUCAAGCAGCUCAGAUGUUGAACCUCUCAGAUGGCAGGUCAGCACGUUUGCGAUGGAUUGUCUGAAUGAUAUUUUUAUCAUCGUCUCCAAGGAUAUCGCAACAAACGGCGAGUCUCAAGCCCAGACAGCGCUUCAGGGCAAGAUUGCGGAUGUCGUGCGGAUGGCGUUCUCAGCAUCUACGUCUGGCGUCGUCGAGCAAAGGAUAUGGGGCUUGAAAAUUAUUGGAGCCGUUUUAAAGAUGUUUGGAAAAGCGCCAGAUCCUGACUUCGAGGAAGCAAUGCUGCUCGAGCAAUACCAGGCCCAAAUUAGUUCAGCCCUUACUCCAGCUUUCGCCGCCGACUCUUCUCCUGAGCUGGCUGCCGAGGCUGUGGACGUUUGCGCGAGUUUCAUCGCCACUGGAAUCGUCACUGAUGUCGACAGGAUGGGCAGGAUUCUCAAGACUCUUGUGAGCUCACUGGAGAAUUUUGUAACAGGAGACGAGAAUGCCGGGAUUGGCGAUCUGAAGGGUCUAAGCUCAAACGCGCGGGUUAUGGUUAAGAUGGCAGUGUUUGGUGCCUGGGCUGAGCUGCAGGUCGCCAGCACGGAGCAAAAAUACCUUGUCGACGUCCUCAAGCCGCACAUCGGUACGCUGACGCCGCUAUGGCUUGAGUCUCUCCGGGAAUUUGCGCGGCUGAGGUUUGAGCCGGAUAUUUCCAUGACCCUGGGGCCACCCUCGCUCUCUGGGAGCCUGGAUACAGUCUACGCGGCUCUGAACAGGGAGACGCAGCUGAAGUUCUACCAAGACACGUGGCUGAAGCUGGUCGACGCCAUUGCCAGUCUCAUUGAGCAGGACAGCGAAUUUGUCUUUGACGCAUUGGAUGGGAAGGAAGUGUCGCAUCCUAAUGCCAAUGGCGUUUCCAGGGCUGCUGAUAUCAACUACCGGGAUGAGCCGGUAGCCUUCUUUUUCGUGCUUUUCGGCAUCGCGUUUGAGGCGCUUGCCACGAAGCCUGGGCAGAGCGAGUCUCUGGCGACCCAGGAGCAGACGCUUGCGAUUCUCAAAGCGCUCAAGAAGAUCUUGCACCCGAGUGUGUCUGGCCAAGCAAUUUACCGAGAGGCCAUCUUCUCCGAGACUAUGGACCUUCUUGACCGUUUAGUCCUUACUGAAGGGCUUGAUGUGCAGGGGGUGAUUGUCGAAAUAGCAAGGGCUCUAUGUGUAGCCCAUCCGGCUGCGCGGAAGCAUGAAGAACCUGACAGUGGAGAGCUAUCCGAAGACAUUGAGCAGCUCUUCGAGCUGACGCGCAUUAUAGUCCUGGUUCUUUCUGGCCUGCUACCAAAUCUGAGCGAGAGCCCUCAGCCGACCCGUCACCAGAUGACUGAAGAAGCGGUCAUCCUGGUCAAAACGGCAUUGAACGCGCUUGUUGAUGCUGCGGAGGUGUUCCCCGUCAUCAUCAAGACCGACCUACAUGCAUGCAUCAUCCACAUUUUCGCCACCGUCCUUGCGACUCCCUCAUGCCAGGAGGUUAUUGUGCCUCAGUCCCUGCCGACGCUGAAACGAUUCAUUACGAGCAUGGCUAACUCGAGGCGCGUUUCGGACAAGGGCGCCUCGCAAGCUGACGUCCAGCUGCUAGGCUGCCUACGGCGGUUCUUGUCCAUCUACCUGCACGCCCAGAAGCGGGAGGCUCCCACGUCACUUGCAUGUGUCAAGAACUGCUUGUUGGCCCUCACAAUCCUGUUCACGGGCGGGCGGAAUCAUCUUCCGGCUAGCGAACCGCUCGUAGAGAGGUUCCUCGAGGAGUUGCUUGACUGUUUGACGGAUCGCAUGACCGCCAAGAUAGCAGCCAACUGCAUCCGCUCGCUCCUCCUCCAAGCCAACCCCACACCGGCGGACCAGACCAUCGCACGCCAUCUUCUCCCGCGCCUCAUCGCCUUUGUGACCAACACGGAGCCAGAAGACCCAGAGAAUGCGCGGUCCCUGAUCGCCCACGCGCUCUGCCAGUACGUGGCUACGUUGUCCAAGGACCGCACGGCCCUGGCCAUGACGCUUGUCCUGCCGACGCUGCUGUCGCGCGCCGCCAGCGAAGGCCGCGACGCCUACCGCGAAACGAGCGCGCGGCUCCUGGAGCUUGCCGCGGCGAACCAGUCGGCCUUCCGCAGCGUUGUCGCGGGCUUGGGCGAGGGCCAGAGGGCCUUCAUGGAGGAGGUCAUCAGAUCCGGCAGAGAAGGUGAUGGAAGGGCGCAGAGAGCCGGUGAUGAGGCCAGCCAGCCGAGUAUUGCACUUAAGAUGAACUUUGGGGGAUGA